AAAAAUAUCAUGCAAGAUGAUAAGACAUUGAUAGUACCAAAAAGAUGUAAUGGACAAGAAGGGAUUGAUUAGGUGGUAAACAUCCUUCACCUCCGAUCGUAAUGUUAUGAUUUCGGGUCACCAAAAGAGGAAAGAGGAAAAAAAAAAAAUAUACUAAUUGAGAAAGCCAUUGUGUUCCACAUGAAUUCCCUCACAAUUCUUGACAACACAUGCAUCUCUCCUUUUGUAUCAUCAAAUAUUCAUUUUUAACCAUAAUAAGUCCUUGUAACUGCAGGUCUAACUUCCAUAUCAAUUAAUAAACAUUCAUACAUCUUUCUUACUAUACAUUAAAUCCAAUAAUUUUCAUCCAACAUAUAUUUAUCGAUCAUUACAUUACACAAAGUGGAUAGUCCCACCCCUGCCCCACCCUAGUUCCCUAAAUUCCUCCAUAUGAAGUUUCCCACAUCAAAUCAUCAAACCAUGUAACUUCCUUUCAAAGUUGAACCACCACAUUCCUAUAAUUCCCUUUACUCCCCUAAAACAACUCUACCACAUCCCUCAAUGAACAUGAACUCCCAAAAUCAAUCAGGGCAACAACAAAAUGAUGAACACGAGAACAACGGGCUCAUUCUUGAUCUAACCCUCCUCUGCAAUUGGGACUCGAAGCCCUCAGAUGAUCAUACUUUUCACACAAUAAGCUCAUCGGAUGAUUCUCAAGGCAACAAUGACGAAAAGGAGCACCAGGUUUUCUCAUGUAACUAUUGCCACAGGAAUUUUUACAGUUCACAGGCACUUGGUGGACAUCAAAACGCACAUAAACGGGAGCGAAUUACAAUAGCAAAGAGAAAGCAGAAUAUGGCUUCAAUGCCUAUUAUGCAUGGUUCCUUUCAUAGGUCUCUUGGUAUUCAAGCCCAUUCCACGAUUCAGAAGCCUGUUAUGUCAUUCAACACCUUCAGGGCACCCGCAUUUCCACUUCUAUAUAACACACAUUCAGCUGGGUGGUGGUCUAGAAGACGGAUGGAUCAGUUACCGGCUAUAGGCCGCCUAAUUAUGCCUGAAAGUCACGGUACUGGAAGGUUAAAUUUCGGUAACAUGAACAAGUUUCCAGUAGUGAUUGAUUCUCAUUUGAUGACUAAUCAUCAAGAGGAUUCGAAGAAGCUUGAUUUGUCUCUCAAACUCUAAAAUUAAUAAUUACUAUGUUGUUAUAUUAAUUAGUACUAGUAGUAAAUCAAAUUUUCUAGUUACUUUUUCCUUUUGUCGUUUGACAAUUUUUUCUCCUUCUUUAUUUAGAUCUCUUCCAUUAAAGUUGCUAUAUGAUGUGGUUACAAUCGUUCAUUAUUAGCCUAGGCAGAAGGAUUGUAAAUGUUACUUUGACUGCAGUCAGCUGCAGAACAUGUAGUACGGGUUUGGCAGAACCUAUAUUUAUAUAUGGAUUGAGAAAUCUGUUAAAUA